AUGUCAAUCAACUGUGAGCGGAUUACUCAAACAAACUCUCAACAAAGUUAUUCUGUCAAAGAUGAGCUAGCCACAGGAAUUGUAUCAUUUAAAACUAUUACGAAUUUAUUUCAGUGUACCGAAGAAUGUACCUACUGGAUUGCUGCAAAAGUUGUGAAUUUGGAACUUGAACGAGGAUGGUCAUACUUGGCAUGCAACAAGUGCACUAAAAAGGUUGACAAAAUUGGGAACAAUUUUUUUUGUAAAAAAUGCAAUGAAGAACAAUGUUCUGUUGGGCACAGGUAUCGACUUCAAGUUUGUGUUAUUGAUGGAACCGCUUUUAUAUCAUUAUUGCUUUGGAAUCGCGAAGUUAUGCAGAUUAUAGGAAAGUCCGCAAAAGAAUUGAAGCAAGGAUUACUUGAGGCUUCUGUUUUGGAUGACGACCGUUCUUAUCCAAGUGAACUGGAUGAUAUUCUUUAUAAAAGAUUCAUGUUUAAGGAUUCAGUGAUUCCUGAUGGACAAAGUUCGGGCGGAGAGAAGCAAUUUGGGGAUUUUAUGGCCGAAAGUCAAGUUACGUCUACUCCACAGACUCCCAUCCAAAAAAGCAUAUCAGAAAGUGGAUCAUCUGUGGUAGAAGAUGGUGCAGAUUGGAAAGCAAAAUUAUCUCCUUUGAAGACGUAUGACAAGAGAACUAGAUCCUCCAAAUCGGCAUCGGGAGUGAUAGCAGAUGACGACCUUAAUUGUCAACUUUCUAGCAAAAAGGUUCGAAAAGUGAUAAAAAAAGAAAAGAAUCCAUAA